AUGCUCUCUCAGCGAGUUGUCCGGGCUUCCGCCCUCCGCAGCGGUAUGUCCGCUGCUCAGCGACUCCCCAUGAUUCAACGACGAGGCUUUCUGCCCCCCCAGUACUCUGACCCCAAGGUCUUGGACGCCAAGUACCCUGGCCCGCCUUCUCUGACGGCCGCUCAGGACCCCGAGAUGAACGGAGGAUACAUCAACCCUCCGGCCAUCAAGCGCCAGCACCGCGACCCCUACGCUGAUUGGUGGGACCCUCAAGAGCGCCGCAACUUCGGCGAGCCGAUUCACGAGGACAACGAUGUGCUCGGCAUUUUCUCCCCGUACGACUACACCUGGACGACACCUGGCCCCGGCCUCAUCAUGAUUGGUACAUUUGUCGCGACGGUCCUUGGUGUUUCAGGUCUCAUCUACCUCAACUAUCCCGAUAAAGUGGCCUACCCGAGGACGUUUGAGGGCGGCUUGGAACGCGAACUGGGUGGACCUGGUGCCGUGAGGGCUAGGAAGGAUGGUGACGAGGAUCCGUGA